AGCUGUGGAGUGGACCAGUGGUUCUGUGCUGGAAAAACACGAACUCCACUUCCUCUUUCAUACGCAGAACCAAAACCAAAGCAAGAAAGCUCUGCCAAGUAAUCCACGCGGAGAACCAGCAAACAAGCAUGAGCUAUUCCAAGAUCUGGGCCAUGGCGGCGGCGCUGGCGCUGGCGGCAGCGGCUGCCGGAGUGGCGGAGGGGCAAUCGGCGACGGAGACGUGCGCUUCGAAGCUCGUGCCCUGUCAGGAUUACAUGAACUCGACCAAUCCGCCGGCGAAAUGCUGCGACCCGCUGAAAGAGGCGAUUACCAACGACAUGAAAUGCCUCUGCAAUCUCUACAAUUCAGGGUUGUUGCCUGGUCUCGGCAUCGACCUCAACCAGGCCCUUCUUCUUCCCAAGCGCUGCAAGAUCCCCGGCGACCUCAACUCCUGCGUCAAAGCCUCAGCUCCAUCUUCCUCUUCCAACUCAUCGGGGACACCUCCAGCAAGCUCUGGAGAAGAUAAGAAUGGAGCCAUGAGGAUUGCAUCGAUUGGAAUAUCUACCACGCUCAUUUUCUGGGCUUUUACUGAGAUACUGUACUAGACGUUUUCUCUGAACUCUUGUUAGGAAGUGAGAUUUGCACACAUAAAGAGGCUUCAUAUUUGUUUUCUUAGUGGGGUAUGAUAUCGAGCUAGCUAGAUAUAUAGUUUCUAAUCCAAUCCAAUCCAUUACUGCUCGGUUGGUUGAUUGUCAAACUUUGUUAUUCAACCUAUAUACAUAUAUAUAUAUAUCUCCAAUUCUCCAUGCACA